CAGACCAUUCCGAUCACUGCUAUCAGGUAGCCCCAAGACACUAUCUCUUAAAGAAAAGAAGCGGAAUAUUUGGUGGUAUACUAGUAUGCCUAAAUUCAUAUUUCUUCUGUGUAGCUUGGUAGGCUUAACCGCUUAUGACUUCGUUUCACUAGCAGUACCUGACAUAGCGGAUAAACCGCUGUGGAAUAUUCGUUUGCUAGCCUUGGCUUGGAAAUUAUCGUGCGGGGUGGCCAACCUAGCUGCUGCAGCUCCCGCUUCUCACCACCCGAUUCUUGCCUACUACAUCGAUCAUGCUAAUGAGAUGAAAAUGCGCCUCUGGCACAACACGAAAGAUGGAGGCUGGCCAGACGCACCCCAUCAAUCACAUAACUAGGCCCACCCAGAUUCUUCUAUAUAAUCCUGGCUUUUCGCAGAUUGUCCUAGACUUUUUCUUUCCUUUCUUCUUUUUCACACUCGUGUCC